AUGGAAGAAAAAAUGGAGAAAAUAGUAGUGGACCCUGAUUUCUACUCCAUGGUCACUGGCUACGAUAUGGACGACCUUCAGUCGGACACCACCUCUAUCGCAUCCGCGAUUGCGAGGGGACGGCUGGAGAACGGCCGAAGAUACCAAGCCAUCAAAGAAGACGACUAUUGGGGUCCUUCUGACGAGCAGCAAUUCGAGGCAUUUGAGAUUGGCCAUAUGGUGUUUCUCGUGCUAGAUCACGAGCAGCCAAAUCCUCUAUUCCGCGCCCCUAUUGGAAAAUCGCCCAAGAAUAUUUUAGACAUCGGAACUGGCCAGGGGAGUUGGGCAAUUGAUGUUGCCGAUCGAUAUCCCUCAGCCACCGUCCGCGGAGUGGAUAUCUUCCCCCCGCCUGUGUUAUGGAUGCCCCCGAACUGCAUCUUCGAGGUGGAUGAUGUGCUUCGCGAAUGGACAUGGAGAGAACCAUUUGACUUUAUCCAUAUGCGCCUAUUGUAUGGCGCAUUCGCUCCCGAUGGAUGGGAUACACUAUACAAACAGGCUUACGAUGCUCUAGAGCCUGGUGGCUGGAUUGAACAAAUGGAAUUAGACGUACGAGUCUACAGCGAUGACGGUAGCUUGAAAAAAGAACACCAACUAUAUGGGUGGGGCGACAUGUUUAUUAGAUGCUCUGAGCGAGCUGGACGAUCACUUAGAACCCAUGAAACAAUGCGCAGCGCAAUUGAGAAAGCGGGUUUCGUGGAUGUGCAUGAGGAAAAGUACAAGAUCCCCCUAGGACCGUGGCCUAGGGAUACUACACUGAAGGAGGCCGGACACAUCCAGUAUGCUCAUUGGAAUGCCGCUCUAGAAGGUUGGGCGAUGUGGCUUCUCACUCACUUUGGGGAGCCAGUGCCGUGGAAAAAGGAGGAAGUGCAUGUGUUCCUCGCUAAAGUGCGUGCCGAGCUGAAAAACCCGCAUAUUCACGCUUAUGAACCUGCGAACCGCGUGUGGGCAAGAAAGCCUACCAAGGAAGAAUUGAAAGCAAGAGAGGCAAUCAUCAAGAUUGAAACAUCGCCGUAA